AUCUACGAAAGCUUGCCCCAGGACGUACCUUCGGUUCGGCUGCUCGAGAUAUCGCCGGCGGAGGGAAUCGAUGACCGUCUUUCGUGUCGUCUCGCCACUGUGCCUUUGGACACCGAUAAGGCGUACACAGCGCUGUCUUACAGAUGGGACAAAAAGAUUCCCCCCGAGGAAAUCUCUGUAAACGAUAUUGACAUGACCGUUGGGGGAAAUCUGGCGUCGGCCCUGCGGCAUAUACGUGCUGAAAUAGCUCGGUCAUCUAGCCCACUGUCACCGCUUGUCUGGGCUGAUGGUGUCUGCAUCAAUCAGAGCGAUGUGGAAGAAAGAUCGAGCCAGGUCCAACUUAUGGGAGCUGUAUACUCGAAUGCUUCGACGGUCGUCUCAUGGCUAGGA